UAUCCUGAUUGAACUGUGAGAAUUAAGCUUAACUUCUUAACUUUCUUAUCUAUCUAUACGAUCUAUUGACAUCUGCCAAAAUGGUCAUCAGCACCAACGACAUCAGCAGCAACAGCAGCACAAACCCCUCCCGGCGUCUUCUCCUCGUCAGCUGCCCCCGUACAGCAUCCAACCUCCUCACCAAGAUCCUCUCCAUACCAGACCAACCCAACGUGCUUGCCAACGAUGCAGGCGGCUACUUCUUCUACGAUGCAUUCAUGGCCACCGCGUUCAGCGGAUGCGCCGAAAAGCCCCUCGCCGAAUGGACGGAAAAGGAACGCUCAGACGUCCAGUCCGUCUUUCAGAAGUGUGUGGAUAACCUGGAGGAAUGGUCCGCGCGGGCGAAAAGUGAGGGCAAGUUCCUCUUCACAAAGGAACAUGCCUUUUGGUUCGUGAACCCGGCUGCGUUUGGGAAUAUUAUCAACGAUACCACUACCGAUGUUUCGACGACGGAGCCACUCAGACUGCAGUUCCCUGCGGCGUAUGGUGAACAGACCUUCUCGGGGAGUAACCAUACCAUCCUCCCGGAUGAGUACUUGCGUACCUGGCAGUUGGCUUUUAUAAUCCGCCAUCCGGCUUUGGUGUUUGCAUCGCUGUACCGUGCCAUGAACAAGAUGUCCACGGGUGGUCUCUUCGACCCAAAGGCCGUCAAGGCAACCCUUGUCACCAAUAUGACGCUUCGCUGGACUCGUCUUCUCUGCGACUGGUGCUCAGAACAGCCCGACACUGAACCUGUUAUCAUCGACGCCAACGAUGUCAUUCACAACCCCAAGGCGGUGAUUCGGUUCUGCGAAUUGACGGGUCUCGAUUCUUCUGCGCUGAAGUUUAAGUGGGAUAGUAAAAAGCCUGAAGAGCCAGCGCACGCUGUUGGUGGAGAGGAUACCCCUGAAGACGAGAAAGCUGCUCACCGGGCUGCGUCGGGCAUAAUGUUGUCUACCCUGCGUGAAUCGUCUGGGGUGGUCAAGUCCAAGGCGCCUGAUACGGUGGAUAUUGAAGCUGAGGCGAAGAAGUGGAAGGAGGAGUUUGGCGAGGAGAUGGGCGCGAUGAUUGAGAAGGCGGUUUGGGAUGCUAUGCCUGAUUAUGAGUAUCUCUUGACCAAGCGGGUGCAGGCAUGAAUUCUUUGAACGAUGUAUGAUUAAAGAGUUAUGAGUAGAUAGUUCGAUCUUCUGAUGGUUGAUCUAAAAUGUAUAGUUUCACUCAGUAUUUUGCUUUCUGACUCGCUGGAUAUCCCAGAGUGCCUUUGGGAUAUCAUGCCUUAAACAAAAGAGAGAUAUUCAUCGACCGAAGCUUGCUCAGUAUCGAG